AAUUCACUUUUCUUUUGGCUAGCGCAACGUGCAUUUGAUCAAAAUUCUUUCUCCUGGUGAAUUUGGAGUUUUAGCGGGAUUAUAUUAAUUUAUUAAUUUCAAAUAAAAAUGGGUACUCCAGAUGAGGACGAGAAUUCUUCGAAUGCGAGUGAUGAUGAGCAAGAAAUAGAUGAAGAGGAGGUCGAGGAAGAAUCGUCUGGUGAUGAAGAAAUAAACCAAAAUGAUGGCAUCGAUGAGGAAGCUGAUAGCGUAGAAGGAGGCGCGGCAACUGAGAAUGUGGAAACCAAUGUCACAUUUAAAGAACUUGGCUUAACAGAUGUACUGUGCCAAGCAUGUGAGGAACUGAAAUGGAAGGCACCAUCGAAGAUACAGAAAGAAGCGAUACCAGUAGCUUUAAAAGGGAAUGAUGUUAUCGGCUUGGCCGAAACUGGUUCUGGCAAAACUGGUGCUUUUGCUUUACCAAUAUUGCAGGCGCUGCUGGACCAUCCGCAAAGAUAUUUUGCGCUCAUACUUACGCCUACACGUGAAUUGGCUUUUCAGAUAUCGGAACAGUUUGAAGCUCUAGGAAGUUCCAUCGGUGUCAAAUGUUGCGUUGUGGUUGGAGGCAUGGACAUGGUCUCCCAAGCUCUGCAAUUAGCGAAGAAACCGCAUAUAAUUAUAGCCACACCUGGGCGUUUGUUAGAUCAUUUAGAAAAUAUGAAGGGCUUUAAUCUCAAGGCUAUCAAGUAUUUGGUGAUGGAUGAGGCCGAUCGUAUAUUGAAUAUGGACUUUGAAGUGGAACUUGACAAAAUAUUGAAAGCU